AUGCCCCUCUCUGUGAAAGCUGCUACACCUAAAAACAUUUGCCAUCGUAAGCCUAAGAAGCAAUUUACUGAGCCAUACCACAAAGGCCUCCUGCCCAAAAGCAGCCACCAUUCCUUUGUUCCAGACUUGCCUUACCCGGACACUGUAUCUGCCGAUCCUAACACCGCUGCAGAGCAACUAACGGCGAGCGAAGACUUAGAGUCCUUGCAUUGGUCGUCGUCUAAGUGUGAUUUCACACAUAGUACACCAAAGCCCUACCAGCCACCAAGUGUCUCCAUUGAGAGGGAACAAAAGGAUACCCUUUUACAAAAGACAUCUGAUGAGACAAUCCAUGCCAUAGAAGCAGGAGAAGGGUCUGAAGACACCGGACUAACAGCGACAGCCCCUACAUCACACCAAACAAAUUGGGAAGCUACAGGAGAAGGGUCUGAAGACACCGGACUAACAGAGACACCGCUUACAGCCCACCAAUCGAGUCAGGCAGCUUUGCAGGAGGUCCCUGAAUAUAAUGUAGGUGAAUACCUCUUUAACUGUAUCUAUAGCACAGAGGAAGGCCCCGAUUAUGUCAGCUGUAUACCACACACCUCUGUCAUAACUGUGUCAGAUAAAAAGUGUAACAGGGGUAAUACCUCAAUAACCAAUCCUGUAAAUGUAUUAGAGGUUAACGUUCCAUUCCUUGAUAAGCAAGCAGUACCUAAUUAUAUUACUAACAACCAGUUUGAACACUGUGGGGCACUAGGAGGUCGUGAGCAGGUAACAUUGCUUCAGGGUGAAGAGCUUUUUGAGUACUGUGUCAACACUACACCUCAACAACCUGCGUCAGAUGUCAUUAUAAACAAAUAUAAUCGGAAUUAGCCGAAUUACGAAAACAAAACCAUGCUCUUAUGAAUAAAUUAGAUGUCUUGCAAACAGUUAACACACAAUUGACUGGUUUGGUCACAGACUUUGGCACAACUCUGGCCAGUCAGGUCAGAGCUAACACGCAUUUGGUUGAUUUGGUCACAGGGUUUGGCACAAAUCUUGCCUCUCAUGUCAG